AUGAAACUCUAUCUAACACUGCUCUUGGCUUCUAAUGCCAUUUCGAUGAUUGCCGCCAAGUGCAAUGAAGUUUGCCAUCUUGAUUAUCGUCCAGUUUGUGGAUUCAAUGGGUCAUGUUAUAAAACUUUCGGAAAUAAGUGCGUAUUUGCUAGUAAGACCUGUGAGGAAAUAGAAGCAGGAAGGCCAGGAUACAUUCUUAUCUACGGAUCAGAGUGUAGAGCCUACGACCUCCCGGCUUGUCCAAGGCCUAUUUUUGGUUAAUUGCGUUUCUUAAAUGAACGUCCAAAGUAAUAUUUGCAUUUAUUUACUUUGAUGCUUAACUGAUUUACUUCUUUCUUGGCAAAGCAAGAACAUUAAAUAUUUUUAUUUUAUUUUAUUUUAUUUAGAAUAUCAACAAUAAUUCUGUCGAUUAUAUAACAUAACUUAAUAUAACAAUUUAAACUAAA